AUGUCUAGCGGUGUCGACGUUGAUAUUCCCAAAACUUUCGGUGCAUUGCUAAUUGGCGCGGUGUUUGCCUCAUUUCUCUCAGGAGGUAUUACUGUGCAGACUUUAGUGUAUUUCAAGCUCUACCCCUCAGACGGAUCCAACGUAAAGACUUUGGUCCGUAUCACUCAUCUUGUCUCGCUCCUGGACGCUUGCCAUACAGCUCUGAUAUGGAGCUCGCAAUGGGAAUACUUUAUUGGGUUAUAUGGGAUGGCGGAAAAGAUUGACUACAUUUCAACGUGUCUCAGUAUAGUGAUCACUGUGUGUAUCGUGUCUAGCCUACUAUACGAUCUGAAUGCCCUCGCUGCUCUGAAAACUCGUCAAAGUUUAUGUGUACAUUCGCCACACCAUGCUUACCCGCUAUCUGCUUUUCUCAUAAGGCUACAUUACCGUUCAUUCAUACAGUUCCGAGAACACGUCAGAUGGCUAUUCACGCUUGGUCUGGCUCUGUCGUCCGCAGUGGAUGUCUUGAUCACCUCGUCGUUGUUCAUGUUACUCCGAAGAAGCAAAAUGGAAGGAGGGAGGCGAGUGCAAGGAUCUUUUCUCGCCCAAUGGCAUUCUUUACCGUACCUCGAUGGUGUGAUCGAUACGUUGAUAUUGUACACCUUUGAAACGGGUUCGGUGACCUGUGCUGCAACGAUCGUUUCGAUGAUCUGUUGGAUCUCCAUACCGACACAACUCAUCUUCAUGGCUUUACAUUUCAUCAUUGGAAAGUGUGAGUAG